CAGGGAAAUGGCCGUGAUGGAGCCAGCUCAGGUAGGUGAUUUUUAGGGAGCUUUUGGUGGUGGGGGAGGUCAGUUUCAGAACAAGGAAACACCCUGCUGGGCAGGGCUGGGCAAACUGACCAGACUCCCAGUGCUGGAGCCUGACCACACUGGCCAGAGGCUGCCGUGAAGUAUCAAGGGAAGCUGUUGGGAUUCCUGUCCCUGGCUCAGAGCUCUUCUCCUAUCAACCUGUGACUGGCAGGUGUGUGGGAAACGAAAAGACCCUGCCCUUCUCCGUGUGCUGGGGGGGACAAGGAGCUCUCACUUUCUACCCACUCCCUGAAGCCUCCUAGCUGCUCUGAGCAGGGUCGGGGGAGGAUCCUGCUUCUCUGUCCCUCCUCCCCCUUGACUGGUGGGAUUGUGACUGGGGCAGCAGGCGCUGAGUUAGGGAAUCUUGUUGUUUCAGAUGCCGGUGAGCUUCGAGGAGGUGGCUGUGUAUUUCACCCAGGGGCAGGGGGCUCUGCUGGACCCGACCCAGAGAGCCCUCUACAGGGACGUCAUGCAGGAGAACUACGCGAUGGUGACCUCACUGGGAUUUCCCCUUUCCAAACCUGACCUGAUCACCCGGCUGGAACGAGGGGAAGAGCUGUGGGUACCCGAUCUCCAGGCCAGUGAGGAAAGAGGGAUCCUGAGAGGUGCCCACUCAGCAGGUGACGAGAGAAUGAGUGAGACCGAGGAGGGGAAUCAACAGCAGGAAGUUCCUGGACACGGGGAAUCACUGGGGACCUUUGUGGGAAGACCUCAUAAGUGCUUAGACUGUGGAAAAAGUUUCAUACUGAAGUCACACCUUGUUGCACAUCAGGUAAUCCACACUGGAGAGAGACCCUAUCAGUGCUUAAUCUGUGGGAAAAAAUUCAUACGGAGGUCAGCCCUUCUUAUACAUCAAGCAGUCCACGCUGGAGAGAGACCCCAUAAGUGCUUAGACUGUGGAAAAAGUUUCAUACGGAGGUCAGAUCUUGUUAAACAUCAAGCAGUCCAUACUGGAGAGAGGCCCCAUAAGUGCUUAGACUGUGGAAAAAGUUUCAUACAGAGGUCAACCCUACUUAAUCAUCAGGCAAUCCACAUAAGAGAA